GGAGGCAAAAUAAAACACAUGACUUCUUUCAAGCUUCUUCCACUCCUCCACUAAUAAGUUCUUAUGCCCAUGAGAGAUUCCCUUCCCUCCAAAGGCUCAUAUGCUUUCUCCCUCCCCCCCCUCUCUCUCUCUCUCUCUAAAGGUUGACCUCAAGGUGUAAAAGGAGAUCACUAGCUAGCUGAGAGAGAGAGCCUGUGGAGAGAGUGAGCAAAAGCUAGAGAGAGAGAGUGAGUGAGAGAAAGAGAGAUCAAGUGAGUGCUACCUUGUUGCUUGGUUGCUAGUAUAGCUAGCUUGCUUGGGUGGAAGAUCAUAUCAGCAUAUCAAGGGAGAGGGAAUAUGGAUAGGGGAGUCCUCCACAAAUCAUCAGCUCUAGUGGGGGAGAUGGGGGAAGGCCAUGGAUGGUGGAGUGUGAAUAAUUUGAGGCCCCCCUUUGUUGAGCAGCUUCACAAUCCGGCUUCUCUUUUCUUGCCAUCCUCCACCACCACCUCCACUACUCCCUCCUCCUCCUCCUCUCCCCUCCAUUCCUUCUCCUCCCUGCUGCUCUCGAAUCACUAUCCUCUUCCUUCUACUGCGACGACAAGCACCGCCGCCGCGCCUUGGCACGACACCGGCAGCCGCCACGGCCAACAUCUCCAGGACUCAUGGAACCAUAUCUUACUUGGUGGAUUGGCUAGUGGUGAAGAGGGGUACAACAAGAACUGGGAAGGCCAGGUGCUGUUCCCAACUACACCAGCUGCAGCUGCUGCAGAAGCUGAUCAUGGGAGCAACAGCUACAACAACAUCUACAGCACCACCACGACUAGCCAUGGGAGCAGCACGAGUGAUGAUGCUUCCCAAUUGGCAGUGGCUGCAAGGCCGUCGUCUUCUCCAUGGGGUGGCAUCCAUGGCCAUCACCCCCACCACAACGCCUUGCAGCAGCAAGCUUCCUCCCCUAGGUCUUCUUGCAUCACCUCUACCACCUCCCUUGGAAGCAACGGCGUGCUGGAGUUCUCAAACAACACUUCACCACGUGAGUGCAUCAGCACAGCAUCUGGAGCAGCUUUCAAGAAGGCCAGGACCCAAGAACCCUCUCCGGCUCAAGCUACAGUUAAGGUGAGGAAGGAGAAGCUAGGUGAUAGAAUAACUGCCCUUCACCAGCUUGUCUCCCCAUUUGGGAAGACUGACACUGCGUCUGUACUCCUUGAAGCCAUUGGGUACAUCAGAUUCCUACACGGUCAAAUUGAGGCUCUGAGCUCGCCGUACCUUGGCAAUGGCGGCAGCAGCAGCAAUGGUGGAGGUGGUGGUGGAGGUGGCUCCAACAGCAAGCUCCAGCAUCAGCCAGAAGCCAGCAGGGUGCAAGGAGAAAGGAACAGCAUAUUUCCAGAAGACCCUGGCCAGCUCCUACAUGACAAUGCCGUGAAAAAGAGAGGACAGCCUGAUCAAGAUGAAAGCUGUGAGGAAGCGAAGACGAUGGAUCUGAGGAGCAGGGGCCUGUGCCUGGUUCCGGUGAGCUGCACGGUGGACGUCGGCGUCGACGCCGGCCCGGCGGACUACUGGGCGGCGCCGCCGGCUUUCGGCAUAGGGUUCGGCCGCUAGAUCGAUGCAUGGUCCGGUGAUCUCUGUGGGCGCCAUGGCCAAUGAAAUGGCUGGCUCGGCUGGCUAAUUAAGCUAGCUGAAGAAUCAAUGGAAAUAUAGAGAUCAUAUCUUACAUAUUACAUCACAUGCAUGCAUGCUUGCAUUUGGGUUAAUUAGCUGCAUAACAUCAGGAGCAGCCAUCCUGCUGAAAAGGCUGGUUCCUCUUGAUGCUAUGCACGUGUAUGCUCAUGGUUUGAUGGGUGCAACAACAGAGUAUAUAACUGGUAGUGUGUGUGUGUGUGUGUGUGGCUCUUGUCUAGCUAGAGAUUGAUCUCUUUGGGUGGAUUAAUGGAUUAUUAUGCACUGGAAGAAUGAAGAAGGGUUAAGUUGUAGACAGCUGCCAGAGCGCACCUAUGCUUGCUAUAGCUUGGUGUUGAUCAUCAAACAUCAGUAACACCCUUGUAAUUUAAGUCUUUUAUCUUGGUGAAUGCAUGCAUGUCACCUUGCUUGUUCACGAAAAUAAUGGUCAUGAAUGUGUAAUGCAUGCAUGUGUAUCUACGUUUUAAUUUAUUGCUUGCUGUAAUAAAGUCUAAAUGGUUUCAUCU